AUGCCUGCGCCUCGGUUUCUCCUCCUAGCCCUCGCUCUUUUAAUUGGUUUUGCAGUUGCCCACCCAGCCCCCGACCAUGCUGAAAUCGCACGCCGACAGAGCGUCAAUAGCCUCUUCCCUGUCCAAGGCUACCAGCGGGCAUGGUCGACGUCGAACGUCCUGGGUAGUGCGCUCAGCCUGAACGACAACGCCUUCCGCCCGCGGAACGCGAUGACCAACCCCGCGCGCUCGUAUGGGAACUCCCCCGACGGUAGACGCUCCCUCAUCGCCACAUUCCCCCAGGGCGCUGUCACGUUGAACUCUAACCCUGCCGGAGGGUUUUCAUUCUACGCCCCUGGCCCAGACGGAUUUUCUCUUACUGGUGCGAGGGAAGUGACGUUUGCUUAUUCCGUCUAUUUCCCAUCUGGUUUUGGAUGGCAGAAGGGUGGCAAGCUACCUGGUCUCUAUGGAGGAAACAGCGAUGGAGAGGCCAUAGGAUGUUCCGGUGGACGACACUCCUCAGCUUGCUUCUCCGCUCGGUUCAUGUGGAGGGCUAACGGCGCUGGCGAACUGUACACCUACCUUCCUCCCCAUGCCGACAACAAGAGGUACUGCAAUCGAGGGGAUACUCACUGCAAUCCCCAGUACGGUGACUCUGUUGGUCGUGGCGCUUUCCACUUUAGGGCUGGUGGUUGGACUACCAUCGCCCAGCGCGUCAGGCUAAACGACGUGGGUCAAUCCAAUGGAGAGAUCCAGGUUUGGGCGAAUGGACAAUCGGUGAUCGACCUCAAGGGACUUCAGCUACGUACUAGCAGUAGUGGUAACUUCCGAGGCAUGCAGAUGCAGACGUUCUUUGGUGGUUCCAGUCCUGACUUUGCCAGUCCCAAGUGGCAGCAAGUCUUCUUCAGGGACUUUUCGAUUGCCAUUGUCCGGUGA